CGGAAGAAGGACGGGCGAAAAUCCUCCUUUGCUCCAGGACGUGGAGGCCGAGGCGGCGUUCUCUGCGCGCGAAGUUGUUUAUAGUAAAGGAAGGGCACGGAGGGAGGGGGGGGAGAGUUUACGAAGGAGCCCCCUUCUUCCCCGCUUUGAAGGACGCGAUCCGCCAUCGAAACGCGGCGAUUGCUUUCGAUCAAUCGGCACCCCCAAGUUCCGAAGAAUGAGCAAAAAGGCAAUUUCCCCACCAUAUGUUCUGGCAGAGCCGUUGGUAGAGAAAAGCUCGUUUUCGUCAGGCGGACGUAAACUCUGGGAGUCGCUGUGCUGGAGCGAUGACUGUCGCCUCCCCUACGGUAGCAAAUAAACAGGCAGGUUUUCAUUCGUUUGGUACAUGUUGGUGAAACACACGUAAAGAGACUAUUCAGGAAUGGUGGAUCACUUGCUUCCUGCGGAUGAAACUUUCUCAUCCACCAGGCCCUCCAUUGGAUACUUUGGGGACAUGACAGCUGUUGGCAGGUCAUACCAAAUGCUGCCUUCACCAGUGUCUGAAGAUGAUAGUGAUUCCUCAAGUUUUUGUUCUUGUUCAAGCCCAGAUUCACAGGUUCUAGGCUCCAGCUAUGGGAGUUCAUCAAAUGCUGAGAAUCAGGACAGUAUCUUGGACUAUUUAUUGUCCCAGGCAUCUUUGGGGAAUGGCCAUGCUUCUUGGUGGGAUAAAAGGAGACUUCAGCCCAUUGUGAAGGAGGAGAAUUUUAGAAUGCCUGAGUUCACAGUGGAGAUGGAAGAUUCUGGACCAUUCCAGCCCACCCUUGAGGAGAUAGAGGAGUUUCUGGAAGAAAACAUGGAGACUGAUCUCAAAGAAGGACCUAAGAGUGAGACCAAAGAUAUGAGAGCUUGCAGCCAAAUUACUGUAGCUUCCAUACAGCAAAAAGACCAGAUGGUACCAAGUGUUACUUUAAAAGACAGUAAAAAUGAACAGUCAAAUGGUGCAAUGGAAGGCAGCCAUACGUCUAACGGAGCAAUGUCCCUUGAUGGAGGGAUACCAGUCAUGCUCCAGAUCCAACAAGUUCAAGUUAAGCAAACGUCAGAUGUGAGUCCUAGUUCACAAGGACCAGUGCAAGAAAACAUUAAAGUUGCACAGCUCUUGGUCAACAUCCAAGGGCAAACUUUUGCAUUGGUGCCACAACUUGUUCAAUCAUCCAACCUGAACUCAUCUUCCAAAUUUGUCCGCAUAGCUCCAGUUCCGAUAGCUGCAAAACCUAUUGGUCCAGGAGGUACAAUGCAGGGUCAAGCUGGGGUUAUCAUGGGUCAGAAGUUUCAAAAGAAUCCUGCAGCAGAACUCAUUAAAAUGCACAAAUGUACUUUUCCUGGAUGUACCAAGAUGUACACUAAAAGCAGCCAUUUGAAAGCCCAUCUAAGAAGGCACACAGGGGAAAAACCCUUUGCAUGUACUUGGCCUGGCUGUGGAUGGAGGUUCUCACGAUCAGAUGAACUUUCUCGACAUCGACGUUCCCACUCUGGAGUGAAGCCCUAUCAGUGCCCUGUGUGUGAGAAGAAGUUUGCACGAAGUGACCACCUGUCCAAGCAUGUCAAAGUCCAUCGAUUUCCACGAAGCAGCCGCUCAGUGCGCUCAGUCAAUUGAUGUAUCUGGCUCAGUCCGUCCCACCACGCCUCUAAGACCUGCCACGAGCAGCAUUUGUUCCUUUCUUGUGAUAAUUUAUUUGUCUACAUAUAACCGCUAUCAUUAGGACAUCACAUGUGCCUCUUCUUUCCCAUCAUUCACCAACUUUGCUUCCCCCCCCCCUAAUUCUUUUUGUUGCUGCCGCUGCAGCUUCUUUACAGUGUUUCAUUUUUAGUCAGUUGAGCUCCAACAUCAUGAUAAUAUAUGGGCAACUUGCUGCUAGUUAAUUACAGUUCUGGCAUUCCUGAGCGCUUUUGCUCAUGUACAGGGCUAUUCAUCAUGAGGUAUUUUUUUUUAAAAAAAAAUACAUUAUUAAUAUUAUUAAGCUGGUCUAUUUGUCCAGUUUGGAAAGAGCAAUUUCCUUUUGAAAUGGAAAAGAAAUCCACUUCAUUUCCAUGAGUUCAUUUUUGUUGAUACAAUGAUUUGGUGUUGGAUUCACUAGCUAGAUCUUCAUGGGUGCUCUCAAAAGACACUGAACGGAAGAAACACGUCAGCAAUAUGUGUACAUGUGUGACUGAAUAUGUGUGCGUAUAGAAAGAAGAGAUUACCAAUAGGCAGGUCUUUGAUUAGACUAAGCAAUAAACCUGUGUAUGGAAUGAUCGUUCUAGUCUGAAUAAACCCUAGAUUUUUCCAGAAUGUAUGCACACCAUAUCUGAAUCUAUCAGUUGCUGCCAUCUGCAGAUUUAUCAGCUCUCCCUUUUGAGAAGAUGCUUCACUGGAACUGGCAGACUUCACUCUCCCUUGUCCUUAGUUCCAUGUAAAGAUUAGUAUGUUUGAAAAUGCCUGUUACAUCUCACAUGGCUGGAGGAGAUAAAUAAAUUAGGAUAAGGCAACGGUGCCCUUUCACCCAAUCACCUCUAUUUCCAAAAUACAACCUUUCGUCAUUCAGUCCAGAGAUAAUAGUUUUGCAUGGGUUGCCCCACAGUUUAGGCACAGACCUUCUUUAGGUAAUAUUAAAACUAUGGUAAAUGUCAGAGAAGUAUCCUGUUGCCCAGUUCUCCUUUUUUGCACCAUUCAGAUUCUAAUCUCUGGACUGGAUACAUGAAAGGGGAUACUUGGACACGUGGAUAAGUGGAUUUGUCUUGCAGAAUUCCCCAAACAUCACAGUCAAAUUGGGGAAGACCAAGCAAUUAUGUCAUAUUUAGUAACUAGAAUCUGAUAAUAUUUUUUCCAAAGUCUUAAACAGUUAAGCUUGUAUUAUUAAAGAUUUAUACCAAAGAUAAAUAGAAUUGUCAACCACAGGAGUUAAGAAGGCCAAAUAUUUAUCUAUUCAAUGUAUUAAAUCAUUUAUCUAGGAAUUUUCUUUUGGUUCUUUACUAAUGGAGCACAUCAAUCCUGCACUGUAUGUCAUAGUGCCAAAAUCCAACCAUGGACAAUCUGUUCCUAUAGAAACCAAGGUAGGCCAAUGAUUUGAUAGAUGUGUGUUUGCAUGUGUGCAUGUGUAUUUGGCUGACUAGUACUGUGGAGGAAAUGAAUGAAGUUUUUCUAUGGAGUUCAAGCUAUAACACAGUUAAGGUGCUACUACAGACAUAGGGAAUGUGAUGGCCGUUGCUCCAGACUCUCUACUCAACUUGAUAAUUGUUUUUUUUUUUUAAAUAUACAACCCUCAUUAUGGGAAGCCAUAUGCAAGAAUGCCUCAUAAUCUGAAAAAACAAAAGGUUAUCUUUUGGAUAAGCUGAGGAGAGGGAGAAUAUUCAGGAGGCUUGAGAUAGUGGUAGUGGAAAGCUAUUUCCCCAGUUUGAGUAUUGUUAAAUAGGUGUUUGAUGAUUGGCCAUCUCCUCUUUUGACAGCCACUGUAUGAACAGGCAAACCUUCCUCACAAUGACAGUUUUCUAACUAUGAUAUGGUUCAAAAUUACAAAGGUGCUCCUGGUCCUGGAAGGGUGCUGCUGCUUUAUUGAAUAGCAGAAAGGAGUCAUGCCUCUCUUUUCCAGGAAUGAUGCUUGUCAUUAGUCUUCAAUAGAUCCUUCAGCAGGAUAGUGUCCAGCCCCUCCCCCCUUCCUCCCCCUCCCCCUCCCCCUUGCUCUGGGCAAAUGUGAUAGCUGGAUGAAAUCCUGUGCCAAUUUCUUGCUGUGCCAUUGACUUUCAGUAUGUGGGCAGCCUUAAGUACCAUUCCUGCAAAACUAUGUGACUUCUUCUGGAAUGUUACCCUUAGUUUCUAACUGUGCCAAUCCUUUUGCCUUACCUUAUAGCAUCGUCCCAGACUAAGAGUGAAAAACCUGCUGAGCCAAUUUGCCCUUGUUUACAGUACUGAACACAAUCCAUAUUCCUAGUGGCUGAGGAGGAAGGACUUCAGACUUAGUGAAUGUUUUAUGAAAGCACUUUGAGAGAUUUCAGCAGUAAGUGGUACUAAAAUGCUGGGUGCCCAUAUGGGCCACUACUCAGAGAGCAAUGCAACUGGAGCAUUGGAUGUUCCAGCCAACUAGCAUGGUAGCUGUCUUAAGGGCCUUUAUUUUUUUUAAAGGGAAUAUGCACCGCAGAUAGAUAAUCUGAUGAAGCAGAAAAAAAUAUCGUAUUAGGCAACAUUUCCUUCCACCAUUUUUUUUUCUUUUUGUACUCUACUGAUUUUAGGAUGUUUCUAGAGAACAAGAAUGUAGUAAAUAGGGUUGUUGGAUAUUUUUAAAGAACAGGCUAUGAUCAUACAACAUGCAUAACAAAUCAGUUAAGAACCUUGUGGUGGUAUUUGUGCAACAUUUUAAUUUGGAUUAUUUUUAAUGCAGCUUUUUGUUCUAUUUUAGCUUAGAUGAAAAUUCAAAGCCCCCAAUGGGUCAAUUCAAUCACAAAACUAAAUGUGUAGUACAGUCAUAGCUGUCAUGUUGAUAGCAAAUCUGAGCAACCUUAGCCAUGGUUGAAUCUCACUGAAGGCAAUGGGACAAAAUUAGCUGUGAGCAGUUCAGUUCUGCUGCUUUCAGAGGGCCUCAGUAGCAAUGAAUUUUAGUAUUGUCCCUAUUUUCUUUGUUAACCAAAUGGGAAUUAAAACACUGCACUUCUGGAUGGAGUAGGUCAAAACAGAGACCACGUUGUCAUUUAAGAGCAAUAGUUCCAGUUCUUUAUGCUAGGAAUGCAUUCCUUUUGUCCUCUGGAAAUUUGUAUACUGUAGGUGAAUCUCUCCUAUUGACUGGUUUUUAUUUCACAUCCUAUGAAUGUAUGUAAAUAAAUUGUACAUAUUGCAUAUCUAUAUAAAAUAUCUUUUAAAAACACAAAGAUGAUGUAAAUUAGAGUCAAAAUAAUAUCUUUAAAGCCAGUGUACAUAAGUUACAAUUAUGUAUAUUUUUCUUUGUUCUUCAUAAAAUAUAUUUACUUUGACAAUAAAAAGAAAUUUGAAAUUUUA